ACUGCCCAUGCUGUCUCAGACGCGAUAAUGACACAGACGAGUCAUGUAUCUAUAUCUCUAUGGGCGCCUUCGCAUAACUUCCGUCUGUCUUCGCUGCAACUCUUGUCUGUUUCUCUGGUCGUGGUGUUUUACCACUCAAUCUCAGUCAUGUCUUGGACAACUAAAGUGUUAAAGUUAAUCGUGCUGGCUGGAGUGUCUGUGUUGAUAGUGAUGUACCUGCGGCAGUGGAUGGCCAACAAACACUAUGUCUUCACGAAGGAAGAUGUUGCUGUACUGGCCAAGCGAUACGCAGGCCAGGACCACGACCAGGCGUUCUCCAAGGUGGUGGUGGAGCUGCGGAGGAAGUACCCGGGUCACAUCCUGCCGGAUGAGGACCUGCAGUGGGUGUUUGUCAACGCAGGCGGCUGGAUGGGGUCCAUGUGUCUGCUCCACGCCUCCCUCACCGAGUACGUCCUGCUGUUCGGCACCGCCGUGGACACCGGAGGACACUCAGGUCGUUACUGGGCUGAAAUAUCAGACACCAUCAUCUCUGGGACCUUCAGGCAGUGGAAGGAGGGAUCAACUAAGAGUGAAAUGUACUAUCCAGGUGACACGAUAGUCCACACGGUAGGCGAGGCGACGUCGGUCCAGUGGAGUGCUGGGACGUGGAUGGUGGAGUACGGCAGAGGAUUCAUCCCCUCCACACUGGGCUUCGCCCUGGCAGACACUCUGUUCAGCACACAGGACUUCCUCACUAUGUUCUACACCAUACGGGUCUACGCCAAGGGAAUGCUGCUGGAGGCCAAUACACUACUCACUGAGGCUGGUGUCUUCUGAGGAACCUGACCCCUAACCCUCUCUGCGGCUGACGUCUUCUGAGGAACCUGACCCCUAACCCUUCUGCGGCUGGUGUCUUCUGAGGAACCUGACCCCUAACCCUCUCUGCGGCUGGUGUCUUCUGAGGAACCUGACCCCUAACCCUCUCUGGGGCUGGCGUCUUCUGAGGAACCUGACCCCUAACCCUCUCGGAGACUGGAGUCUUCUGAGGAACCUGACCUCUAAACCCUGAAACGUAUUGAGUUAGAUAUACAGUAGCAAUCAAAAGUUUGGAGACUUACUCAUUCAAGGAUUUUUCUUUAUUUUUACUACUUUCUACAUUAGAGAACAAUAGUGAAGAGAAACUAUGAAAUAAUGUAGUAACCAAAAAGUUUUAAACAAAUCAAA